AUGAAAGAUGCAUUGGUCUCCUCUCCUCUAUGGCUACUUUUCAUACGAAAAAGAUCAUCUUCUCAGAUGCCACCAAGUUCUCUCAAAAUGGUUCAAUACCCGAAACGAUGUAUAGAUGCGGAAGAAGAACUUCAGCAUCAUGGUUCACCAAGAGGUAAUACACCUCCUCGUUCUCCAACUCCUAUUGAAAAACUUUGUGAAAAGAUUCCAACACCUCCUCCAUCUCCACCGAAGACAAUUGUUCAGGUUUCGGUUGCUCCUCCACCACCAACUACAUCAGAACCUACUUCUACAGUUGCUCCACCACCACCUGUAAGCACUACACCAAUCUCCACUUCUCCUCUACCACCUCCCAUUAUUUCCCAAGCAACAAAAGCAACUAUUACCCCUACACCCAUCAUCACCACAACAACCGAUUCUUCAGUAAAAAUCAACAUAUCUGAUGUGGGGGCGAAUACUGAAGAUCCUCCUAAAGUCACAAAUAAGCCAAUUUCCCCAAUUCAUUCCAGUGAGUCUAGUCCUAUUCUUGGAGGAGCUGAAUUCGAGUUCGAUUCUACUUACUAUAGCCCAUAUAGAAUUCCAAGUGAUGAAGAUGAGACUACUCCAGUGACCAAGCAAUAG